AGUUCAAAUGAGCAGUCGUAGCCGGCCUUCCUCCUCCUCGCCCCCCUUCCCCUCCGUUGUUAUCUUGUCAAGUUGCGGUUGUCUCCCUCCUCCGGCGCUCCCUUCCGCCCCUCCCUUCCCGCCUCCUCCGCGCAGAUCGCCAGGCGAGGAACCAGACCGCAGGGCAGGAUGCAGUACAAGAACCUGGGGCGGUCGGGCCUCCGCGUCAGCCAGCUCUCGUACGGCGCGUGGGUCACCUUCGGGAACCAGCUGGACGUGAAGGAGGCCAAGGUGCUACUGCAGGCGUGCCGGGACGCUGGCGUCAACUUCUUCGACAACGCCGAGGUGUACGCCAACGGGCGCGCCGAGGAGAUCAUGGGCCAGGCCAUCCGGGACCUGGGCUGGCGCCGCUCCGACGUCGUCAUCUCCACCAAGCUCUUCUGGGGCGGCCAGGGCCCCAACGACAAGGGCCUCUCCCGGAAGCACGUCGUCGAGGGCCUCCGCGGCUCGCUCCGCCGCCUCGCCCUGGACUACGUCGACGUCGUCUACUGCCACCGCCCCGACGCGUCCACGCCCGUCGAGGAGACGGUGCGCGCCAUGAACUGGGUCAUCGACCAGGGCUGGGCCUUCUACUGGGGCACCUCCGAGUGGUCCGCGCAGCAGAUCACCGAGGCCUGGGCCGUCGCCAACCGACUCGACCUCGUCGGACCCAUCGUCGAGCAGCCCGAGUACAACCUCUUCUCCAGACACAAGGUUGAGUCUGAGUUCUUGCCACUUUACAGCACCUAUGGCAUUGGUUUGACUACAUGGAGUCCUCUGGCUUCAGGAGUACUAUCUGGAAAAUAUGGCAAAGGGGACAUACCUGCUGAUAGCAGGUUUGCCCUAGACAAUUACAAGAACCUGGCGAACAGGUCCCUGGUUGACGACACGCUUCGAAAAGUGAAUGGGCUAAAACCUAUCGCCGCUGAACUUGGCGUUUCGUUAGCUCAGCUCUCGAUUGCUUGGUGCGCGUCGAACCCCAAUGUGUCGUCUGUGAUCACUGGAGCCACCAAAGAAAGCCAGAUUGUGGAGAACAUGAAGGCCCUAGAUGUCAUCCCACUGCUGACGCCGGAGGUCGUCGACAGGAUCGAGGCGGUGGUCCAAAGCAAGCCCAAACGCAACGUCGAGUCAUACAGGUGAAAAUUCGGUGUUCAUCCGACGGAGUUCAGGCCUCCUCCACGAAACUUCAUCCAUGAUCCGUGUGUAUUCUGGGCGUGGUGCUGUGUUCACAAACACAAGUCUGUCAGUCCUGUGUUGUGUAUUCUGCUUUCCGAUACAGAUUUUGGACCAAUUCAAUCCUGCAUUGUGUUGCUUGCGAGCAGAAAGAUUUGUUGGAUGACCAUGAUCCUUUCUGGUCGUGCUGCAAGAUUUCUGGAGCGUGAGAUCCUCUGCUGUAUCACUGUAUCAGCAGCUCAUGCUGUUGGCUGUUGCUUGCAGAAAUAUUCGAGUCCGUUUUAGCA